UCCGACUUUCCGAGAGAGAGAGAGAGAAGAGAGAGAGAGAGAAUGGCGUCGCGACUGCUGACCAGAUCCAAAGCCCUAGCGCUCGCCGUCGCCCGCGCCGACGCGGCCGCGCCGUCGCCCCUCGCCGGCGCCCGGGGUACCCGCGCGCUCUCCUCCCUCCCCCGCGACCCGACGGCCGCAUCCCCCGCCCCGUCGCCGCGGCAACCGGCGGUGGUCUCCCCGCUCGGCCUCUCCAAGAUUCUAGGAUAUGAGCAGGCAUCUCGACUUGGUGGCACACAUGCAUUGCCUCGCUGGUUUUCUACUGGAGCCUCCAAUGGAUCAUCUAAACAGCAGACCUCAAAGACAAUUGCUGGGAUGGUACAGUCCGAUGCAAUGAAAACACAGGAGGGAACCUCAGCCAAGGUCACAGCAUUCAGCCCCAUGGAAGCAACCAUCAGCAAAGCCAGAAGCAGUCCAUUGACACUCGAAAGUUUGAAAGUGAGGCGGGCCGAGAUAAUGACAAAAGUCACAUUCUACAUGAUUCCGACCCUGCUCCUCGUGUCGAAGAACAGCAUCAGCACCUCUCUCCUGAUCGCGUCAGUGUACCAUCAGGUCUACAUGUUCCACAAGGAGAUCCUCCUGGACUACGUCCACCACGACAUCACCAGGAAGUGGGCCUUGAUAUACUUCAAGCUGCUCUUGCUGGUCAUGGCCAAGGACACGAUGCUUUACUUUGAUCUGUUCUAAGCGCGUCCAUGGUAGUAGUUUCUUGAGAGAUGCCACCAGGAACCCUCCCAUGUGUACACUGGAAUAAUCAUCAAGGUGGACAAACUGCCUGACUGCUGGUUCUUCUUCUGUCUCCUAUAUCAAGUUGCUUCGUUUUUC